CCCUCUUAUAGUUUUCCUUUGGAAGGGGGAGGAGAGGAGCUAGGAUAACAGAACGUGAACACGAACACGUCGCCUGAGCCGUCGCCCGUCGUCUAGGCACUUAGUCGACUUCGAUAGCUCUCCUCCGUCUGCCGCGUCUCCGCCGUCCGCUGGCGCCCACCAACUACCAGCAGUGUUUGUGGCUCGCUCAGUUUCAGUUAGUUACGAGAUUCGCAGGCGAGACGCGAAAUCAGCGCAUGAUGGUGUCCACGUUGCGAACGCCCUGUGCGGCCGAUCAACUGUUGAUCGAAGAGGUCCGCCAGCACGAAGUCCUCUACGCCUGUCCGACCAAAUCGAACAAAGACAAUCAGCUGCGCGACACGGCCUGGCAAGAGAUCGCCGACGCAGUCGGCAAAUCCGUUGAAGAAGCCAAGGAGCGAUGGAGAUAUAUGAGAGAUAAGUACGUCAAGGAAUUGGGCAGAAACGACAAGUACCGGGCCACCAAUGGCAAUUCAACUGUCGAGCCGCCGGAUGCCACUUCUUUCGUCGGACUCAUGUCCUUCCUCAAUCCUUUCAUCAAGCGAAAAUCAUCCAACGGUAAUCGGACGUCCAGCAGCAAUGAAAACCAUUUUGAAAUGUGCAUUAACCCGCACGAUAUGGAAGGCGAGUUCCAGUCGGACGACGAGCGCAAUAAUUCUGAUGGGGGCAACAUUGAGUUUGUCAGCAGCGUUUCCGACGACGGGGCCCCGCAUCACCUGUCCAACGGGAACCGCGCCAUGGUGGCCAUCAAGAAAGAACUGGUGGCCAGAGGGGCCGCCAUGACGCGGAGGCAACAACAACAGCUCAGACGUGAACAACAACAGCAAAACAACAACAAUGGCGGUGACAGGGAGAUUUGCGCUCUGCCCAUCGAGGCCACGGUCGAAUCGGUCGAUGUCUCUCACUGUCCGCCCUCCAAACGACAACGGAUCGUUCACCACCAUCACGAAGACUCGACCAGUCUCUUUUGUGCCUCCAUCGCCGGAAUGCUGGCCGAGCUUCAACCCUAUCACCGCGAACGCAUCAAGCGCGACAUCUACAAUCUCGUCUCCGACGCCCUACUCACCGAACUGUCCAACUGAA